UGACAGUGUUUUUUUAGUAUUUGAUAUAGUGAGUUUAAUUUUUGCAUGCUGCUUGUAUAAAUAUUUAUUUAAACUAAAUUUAAUCAAAAAAGUAUUUAAAAUAAUGUAAGAGUAGCAAGAGGAAUAUUGAGAACACAGUGGAAGCAUUAAACUACCAUUUCUCCGUGCAAGACAUAUGCAUCUUAGGAUCAGGAUAAAGUGAAAUGUUUAAACGCACUUUUAAAGUGGUAUUUCGGCCGACGAAAAGUAGUUUUCUAUUAUUACCAGAAAACUAUUAUGGUGUCGUAUCAACGUAUGACACUGGCUGCUUGAGUUUGCAGUACAGCGGACACACACACUACGCAUCAUGGGCGCCACAUGCGGGCGCAGUCAAAGAUACCGAAAUUGGGAUCAAUGCCAGGGUGGCGAAAGAAAUCGGCUUGAGCGAGAAUGAUUUGGUGAAAUGUACGCUCAUAGCUGACGUCUUGACAUUGAAGAGCGUUUUCGUUACACCGGUGUCGGCCAAGGACUGGGAAAUAAUUGAGCUCAGUAGUGAAACGAUUGCGAACAGCGUUUUGGAUCAAACUCGGAUUGUCAAUUCCUCACAAAUUCUUAUAAUAUGGAUAAACAAAUCUAUGCAAGUGGCCUUAACAGUAGAUCGCUUACGUCCAAUUGUCUCUUAUGGUCGUAUCGACCACAAUACCGAGCUGAUUAUAGCACCAAACCUUUACAAAGGCCUUACCAAUGGAUCAAGUAAUGGUGUUUCAACGGACACCAGCGAGUCAAGCAACACUAAUAACGUUAGUCAAUUAAUACGUAGCCGUACCACCGCACAAAUACGUAAACAAUCCGAAGCCAGCGUUGAACCUCAACAUUUAGCGCGUUCAACAACAUCGGCGAAUAUUAAAAAGCUAACACGCACAGAGUCGAUAGCGAAGGCAAGCCGCAAUGAUAAGAUGAUACGUUUGAAGAAAGAUUUGCGUCGAGAAAGUACACACACCUUUGAAUUUCGCGCUAUAAGUGGUGAAUGGCAGGAGAAAUCUCAGAUAUCCGAUGUAUUUCUUUGUAAAAGUACUUGGCCGGAAUUUUUGGAAUUGGACAAUGUUUACAGCAUGAAGACUGCUACCGACCAGGAAUAUUAUGUGAAAGUACGUGUGCUGGCCGAUGAUGAGGCACCAAGUGCUGCACACACCAGCAUUCAAGUGAAUUUGAAUCUCAUGCGCAAAUUGAAUUUGAAGGAGAUGGAGAAAGUUGUGCUGAAACCUAAAGCUGCAGUUGUGAAUUUUGUCGAGAAGAUAGAAUUGUUUGCACAAAAGAAGACACAUUAUAAGAUAAUUGAAAACGCUUUUAAACGCUAUGUCAUUGAGAGAACCAACAAAUCGCCAAUGCUGCUGAAUCAAGACGAAGUUGUGCGCUUAGAGGAAGAUCUGAUUGUUACCGUUGGUAUUUUGCCAGAACAUUUUCGUUAUUGUGUUAUAGAUUCGCAAUUUUUGAAAGAGUCAAAAAUCUAUGCUGCCGAUUUGGUGCGCAAAAUAGAUGAUAUAGUUGACGCGCUACCAAAUAUAGAAUCACCGCUGAGUGUUAAAGAUUUGAUAAAACUGCCAGCCUUUGAUAAAAUCGUCAACAAUUUAGUAGAUGAAUUAAAAAUGAACUUAUGCUUGGAUUCGAAGAAUGCGAUACUAAGGCAAGGCAAUAUACUUGUGGCAGGUGCGGCAGGCUCGGGUAAAUCUGUGCUGGUGGAGAGAAUAUUGGAUCAGUUAGUGAAGAAACCUUAUUUUUGCUUCUUCGACAUAUUUUACUGUUCGAGAAGUAAGGGAAGAAAGGCUGAAUCGAUACAAAAGGACUUGCGUAGUAUAUUUACAACUUGUUUACAAAAUGCACCAUCAAUUAUCGUUCUGGAAAAUCUCGACGUAUUGGCUCAUGCAGCAGGCGAUCAAGCUUCACAGGAUAGCGAAUACUACAAUCGUAUUGCUGAUACUGUACACCAAUUGAUUGUGCAGUAUACUAGCGACAAUCCGAUCGCUGUAGUUGCUACAGUUAAUGAACUUCAAUCAUUAAAUAAACGUCUGUAUUCACCACGUGGUCGACAUCUUUUUCAACAUGUGACUAAACUUCCCAGUCUGGAGCGUGCUGGACGAGAAGUGAUACUUAAAGAACUGUGCAGCCACAUUGAAUCGGAAAAAUUGGAUUUGCGUAAAUUCUCAAAUCUAACUGAGGGGUACAACAAAGGCGAUUUGGUGCAAUUUGUUGAGCGCGCUAUAUUUUACGCCUACAGAAUAAGCAAAACACACCCUGUGCUCACAAAUGAGCUAUUAAUAGACUCGUUGGCGAAGACUAACUCGUAUUGCCUACAAGGCAUAGAAAAUCAUCAGAAAGUUAACGAUGAUGAUAAUAUUGAGGAAUUGUCUGUUGAAGAAGUGCCUGGCUUGGAAACGGUUGUUUCGGUGUUGGAAGAGGUGCUGAUGUGGCCAUCAAGAUUUCCAAAUAUUUUUCAACAUUCUCCGCUUCGUAAUCAAGCUGGUGUUCUAUUAUACGGUCCACCUGGUACCGGUAAAACGUUCCUUGUUUCGAAAAUUGCGAGCUCAUGGAAUUUGCGUACAAUAUUAGUUAAGGGUCCGGAGUUGUUGGCUAAAUAUAUUGGACAAAGUGAAGAGAACGUACGGAAUCUAUUCAAUCGUGCACGCAGCGCCAAGCCUUGUGUGCUAUUCUUCGAUGAAUUCGACAGCUUAGCACCGAAACGUGGUCACGACUCCACCGGCGUUACAGAUCGUGUGGUGAAUCAACUGCUCACCGAAUUAGAUGGUGUUGAAAGUUUACAAGGAGUUACAGUCAUAGCGGCCACCUCCCGUCCAGAAUUACUUGAUCCAGCAUUGCUGCGUUCAGGGCGCAUCGAUCGCUUGGUAGAAUGUAGUCUGCCUGACGCUGUAGCGCGCGUGCGCAUAUUCGAAGCACUAGCGGCGUCACUCAAUUUAGAUGACAAUGUUGACUUUGAAUUUUUUGCAUCGCGCACACAAAACUACACAGGCGCUGACAUACAGAGUCUACUAACUUCGGCCAACAUGAUUGCAGUUAAGGAGGCCUUGUCACAGCAUGGACAUGAGAAACUGCCGUCGAGAAUUUCGGUGCGACAAAAGCAUCUAAUCGAAGCUUUCAACACGACGAAGCCAUCGCUGAGUGCAGCAGAUAUAGCCAAGUAUCAAAAGACUUAUGCUCGUUUCACUAACAAGGAACGCGGCGGAGCACGCGAUUUUGUGGCCAAGCGCGCCACGUUGGCAUAGUUGGAACCGAAGGAGUUGGUGGUGCUCCAGAGAUCAAUGGUUGUUGUUACGAAUUUUUUUAGUAGUUUGAUUAUAUUUUUAUAUUCUGACAACGUAUGUAUUUGCAUACGUAUGUAUAUAUGUAC